GCUUUAUUGCGCACAGCAGAGUUGUUCAGCAAAGAAGUUUAAAUAAAGAGACGGAUCGUUUGAAUAAUUCAAGGGAGCAGAGUAUUCUGCUGCUCCACAACAUCCAGCAAAAUGAUGGAGCUACCUAACUACAGUAGCCAGCUGAUGCAGCAGCUGUGGGCCCUGAGGAAGGAGGGCCAGUUCUGUGACUGCACCAUCCUGGUGGGAGAUAGUCCUCAUCGAGCACAUAAACUGGUGCUGGCUGCAUCCAGCAUGCUGUUCAGGUCUCUCCUGGAUGGUUCUGACACCAUCUCCAUCGACACAGCUGUGGUGUCCUCGCAGGAGUUCGGCUGUCUGCUGGACAUGGUCUACACAGGAAAGCUUCCUCUGGGCAAACACAACGUCAGCCGCAUCGUGGCCGCCGCAGACAGCCUGCAAAUGUUCGACGUGGCGGUCGGCUUUAAAAACGUCCUCACUAGCCUCGUGAACCAGCAGCCUCCGGCCCCGGCCUCCUCUACGGAGACGGAGACAGAGACCCCGACCCCCACCCUGGUCAACAAACUCCCAAACGCUAAACCUGAAGGUUCAGACUCACCCAACAAGGAUGAGUCCAGUUCAGGUGAGACUGAGUCGAAGGCUAAGCCGAAGAAGGAAGAAUGUCAGCCUGACAGUAAAGACACAGAGGAACCAUCGUUUAAAAGAGUCUGUCUGGAGCGCUCUGAGUCCCCAGGACCUGAAGAAGCUGCACCCUCAGAUAGCGUUACAGAGGAAGAUAAUAAAACAGCAGCCAAGGUGUCCAAUGGUCCAGCCUGUGGUCUUCUGGAACAUUCCUCUCAGCUGAUAGAGCUCCUCAGUGACAUGCCUUCAGUGGUGGAGCUGCUGAGCCAGGCAGCACAGAGCAGCCUGGAUGAACAGGAGAGACAGCUUGUGUGUGAGUGCUGUGAGGACUCAGAUUCCAGCUCGGUGAUGGAGAAGCUGAUGAGCAGAGUGAAGGAGGGGCAGAUCAGUGAAGGAGCGUUCCUCAGGCUGCUUCACACUGUCCAAAAGAAAGCGCCCUCCACCUUUCCCACACCACUGCUCUCUCUGCUGGAGGUGGAGGAGGAGGAGGAGGAGGAGAGGAACACGCAGGAGCCAGACGAAGGCCAGACUGAAGCUGACUCAGAACAGCAGAACGGGAACAGCAGCGAUGACAAGCAAGAGGAAGAGAGAGAGGAAGAGAACAUCAAGGAGGAGACCGAAGAGGACGAGAAAGAAGCGAACGCGGCCACCGACGAUUCCUCGCCUCCCCCUUCCUCCCCUUCCUCCCCCACCAAUCCCUACUCUUGUCGCUGGUGUAAGAAGGGUUUCGCCUACAAGUGUCGCAUGGUGGCCCACGCCAAGCGCUGCUCCAUGUCCAAGGAGUGCCAGCAACAGUGUCCGCUGUGCCCCGAGAAGCUGGCCAACCAGAGGGCUCUGCAGCGCCACCGGGCCGAGGCUCACCGCAACACCACGCGGGUCAAGAAGAAGGUGGCGUGUGACCUGUGUGGACGCACCUUCGCCCAUCCUUCAGGUAUGAUUUACCACAAGCGCACUGAGCACUUUGAAGAGAAGCCGUUUGCUUGCGAGGAAUGCGGUGCCAAGUUUGGAGCCAACUCAUCUCUGAAGAAUCACAUGCGGCUUCACACAGGAGAGAAACCCUACCACUGCAAACACUGUGACAUGAGCUUUAGUGUGGCUGCUGCACUCGCUUACCACACCAAGAAGAAACACUCUGAGGGGAAGAUGUAUGUGUGUCAGUACUGCAAAGCAGUCUUCGCCCAGUCCAUUGAACUGACGCGCCACGUGCGAACACACACUGGUGAUCGGCCGUAUGUGUGUCGGGAAUGUGGGAAAGGCUACAGCCAGGCCAGCGGACUGACUGUACACUUGCACACCUUCCACAACCUGUCAGAACCUCAUGACUGUCAGAAGUGCUGUCUGAGCUUCUCUACACUGGAGGAGCAUCGGCAGCACAUCGAAGAGUUCCACCCGAAGGAGUUCCACAAGUGUCCCACCUGCAACAAGGUGUUCACCAGCGCCGCCCUGCUGGACAAACACAAGGCCACACACACAGGAAGCAAGCCCUUCAGCUGUGACCUGUGCAAUAAGUCUUAUCAGCAACUGUCGGGUUUGUGGUACCAUAACAGGACCAACCACCCCGAUGUGUUUGCUAACCACACCCGGCAGCUGAAGACUCUGGUUCAGUGUGACGUCUGCUUCAAGUUCUUCCCCAGUGCCGCCAGUGUGGCCAAACACCAGGCAGCUGAGCACCAAGGCUCGGCGGCGUCUACGGUGCGUUGUCCGUACUGUCCAGCUGUGUUGGGUGGAGAGGAGGAGAUGCAGGAGCACAUCAGCACCCAGCACGUGAGCCAGAGCAGCGAGGUGUUCAGCUGCCCACUCUGCUCCCUGGUCUGCACGUCCCAGAUAGAGCUGCAGGAGCACCUGCUCUCCUGCCACAUGGAGGCACAGGACGAACAGGAGGCUGGGGAGGAGCAGGAGCAGGCCUCCACCUCCCACACGGUGAUCUCAACAGAUGCUGCAGGUGAUGAGGGGGUGGAGUCAGGCAUCUCUGAGGAGCAGUCACAGCUGGCGGCUACACAGCAGGUGUUUGUGACUCUGGCAGGUGGAAGAGAGGGCAGCUCAGCGGGGGAGGUGGUGGAGGUCAACAUGUACGACCUGCUGAACAGCUCCGUCACCUUCAUCUGCGAGGACAAACAAACAGGUCCUGACUCUUAACUAUGAACUUUGACCCCUGGAGGAUCAAGCUGAACACUGAGUUUUAUUAUUAUAGUCUGAUAAUUAAUACAACUACAACACAGGAUAAACUGACCUGCACAAGCCAAGGACUCUUAUUGCUCCAGGUCCAUGUUUAGUCCACCAGAAAAAAAGAUUUAGUUUUGCAGUUGUAAAUAAAUGUGGUGAAUGUGUAUUUGACUUUAGUUUCUAUACAGAAACCCAGGUUGGUUUAUAUGGGAUAUCCCCAGAGAGCACUGAAGGUCUAAAGCAAAUACAAAAGCAGAAAAAUAAAUAUGAACUCCCCCAGGCAGCCUUGUCUGUUUCUGCUCCAGUUACUACACUUCCCAGAAUGCUUUUCAUCAACUACUAGACAUGUGAUAUGAAUUUAUAGUUUUGUAAAGUUGAGAAAAAUCAGCUUUCAACCAUAACUGCACUCCAUUCACUGAUAAAGACUGUGAGAUAAGUUUGGGUUUUGUUUUGGGUUUUUUUUUGUUUUUGUUUGUUUUUUUGUGAGGCAGUCCUAAUUAAUAUAAGUGUGGUCAUUAAAGGAAAAGGUUUGCAUUAUUUUAUACUUGAAACAAUCCUAGGAAAAUACCACAACCAACAAUAACUCCCUGUGUUCUCUUACCCUGUCUUUGUCCCUCAGCCCCAAGCCCACACUGAAGACGCAAAUCAGUAAACACACAAAUAUUUCAUCUCAUUUUUAAGAAAAAGCUUCAGUAAUCUCUCAAAACAGCGGGACAUUGUAGUUUUUAACAAACCUUUAUUCAAACAGGAGGAAUAAGUGCAUUAUUUGGGGACUAUUUUCAGCAGAGGAUUAAUACACAUUUGGUGCUCUGCUUUGUGUCAGUAGGACAAUGUGUGAGAGAAAAGAGUUAAAAUAAACUAGUGUGUGUGUUCAAAAGUGUGACUCAUUGAUGUGUUUUUAAUAGUUUUAAUAGUAUACAACCACAGAGGAAUAAGCUAUACCAGGCUUUGAUUCACUUGAGGCUAAAUGCUAACAUAAGCAUACAAACAUACAAUGACAGUGCUAACAUGCUAAUGUUAAGCAGGGAUUAUGUUUACAUGAAUAAAUUAGUUUAGAUGGGGCUCGUUCGCGCAUGCGCAGACGGUCUGUACAGCAAAUCGGGCAGUGACAAGUUGUUAGCAUGCUAGCAUAUGAUAAACGAUAAAUAGCUACAAACAUACAAGCUGUUGCAAAAUGUAUUUAGCUUUGCGGGUAGUGUAUCAUAAACCAAAGUAUUAGACAAAUUUUACUUAAUGUUGGUUUUAGAUGAAAAGUCAGAGGAUAAUCUAAUUUAUGAUAAUUUAUUCUGAGGACGACAUGAAUAUCUGUACUAUUUUUUUUUGAUCCUCUAAAAGCAGGAAAGCAGAAUAUAAAGGUAGCAUGUUGAGGCUGUUCUCUGCUCCUGUCAGAGUACAAAGUGUUAGUACUGUCUGUUUUACACUGGAUUUCUGUCUGUAUGAUUAUUACAUUUUUUGCAUUCAACAUGCCACUUUUUGUCCACAUUCUGUUGCUCCACUUAUGCAGGAACAGGAAACCACA